AUGAAGUACUCCAAACCCUGUCCAUACCCCUUCCAGCCAUGGAGUCAAGGAGCCAGUAUCCGCUCCUCGCCCAGUGAGGCCUCUCCCACCAACACCGUCGCCAUCCCGUUCAGCUUCGGCUCCUCCUGCGACUUGGAUCACUCGCUCGCCUCCAUGCCCGCUCCGCCGCCUCCCUCGCCCACCGACUCUCUGCUCGACAUCACCCCCCGCAAGGGCUCCUUCUCCGCCGCCUUUGGCGUGAGCAACUCCAACUCCUGCGCCUUUCCCUCUUGGCCCAACCGCCCCUCGCUGAUCAACUCCGCCGCCGACGUCUGCACCACCAGUGCCUUCAUCUCCGACGAGGAGCUCGACUUCGACCUGUCGCCCAUGUCCGACGCCCCCGUCGACGAGGAGUCCGCCGUGCGCGACCCUCUCGACCUCACCACCGAGCAGCAGAUCCAGAUGAUCCGCGCCGCCGCCGAGGAAGAGGCCCAGCGCGCCCGUCUGCUCGCCCAGGUCCACGCCCACGCGCGCGCCCAGCAGGCCCUCCGCGUCGCGCAGCUCGCCGCCCUCGAGCGCGAAAACGCCAAGCGCCGAAAGCGCAAGGCCAUCGUCGAGAAGAAACGUCGCACUACCUCCGCCUCCAAGGCCACUCGCGCCUGA